AUGCCAACAACCCACGCCAUCCUCGGCGCAACAGGUGGCGUAGGCAGCGCCAUCGUCCACAGCCUCCUCUCCUCCCGCUCCCCAGAAGACCAACACAUCAACCUCCUCGUGCGCUCGAAACAAAAACUCCUCGCCCAAAUCCCCCGCCUCAAAACCCCACCAUCCAACACAACCCUCACAAUCUUCGAAGGGACCAUCUCCGACCACGACCUCCUCAGAAGCUGUCUCCAAAACGCCGACUGCAUCUACCAAUGCAUCUCCGCCCCGUCCCCCUCAAAACCCACAACCAUCUCCUACGACACCGUCAAAUCCAUAAUCGCCGCCCUCGAGGCCAUAAAAUCCACCUCCCCAGAAACCUACACCCCCCCAACCCUCCUCCUCAACCGCUCCUCGGCCCUAAACCCCCACCUCCAAGUCCCCAUCUCGACCCCCUUCUCCCACUUCCUGCACUUCGCCAUCCACAACAUCUACUUCGACCUCUCCCGCGCCGUGGACCUCCUGCACUCCACACCCGCCUCCCUUCUGAAAUACAUCCUGCUCGACGCGCCGAAUCUCUUCCAUCCGUUCUCGCCGGAGACGAAGACGGGGUAUGAGGUUGUGACGGAGGGGGCGAUGAGUCUUGCGGUGAAUUAUGCGGAUUUCGGGGAUGCGGUCGUGGAGAUUGCGGGAAGGAGGGGGGAGUUUCGGGGGAGGGGCGUGGGUGUGAGCGCGACGGGGGCGGUGGUGCCGGCUUGGGGGCCGAAUUUGUAUUUGUUGGCGGUGGGGACUUGGGGGAGGUUGAAUCCGUUUGGGUGA